UUUACUAAUCAAAAUAUCUUGAAAAGUUGGAAAAAAACAACACUCUAGUCGUUGACCCAAACAUGCCGAAGUCCACAGCAAACAAAAUGGAAAAAUUGUGUCCGGCAAUUUUUGGAAUAGUUGCAUUAGUUUUAUUGUGUUCAGGAGCAUUCUCUCCUGGGUGGUUAGUAAUGGAUUUGUCUGAACUUCAGGGAUAUAGUGGAGGAAGUUCACUAACAGUACAUCUGGGAUUGUAUUAUGCUGUUAUUUCAGGGAAUGGUAUCAGAGUUACAAUAACAUAUGGUGAAGCCCCAGAAUUGGAAAAAUAUAUAACAACUCACCUUCUUGAAUACCAGAUAGAAACUAUCAUUGGGUUUGUCCUAUGUUUAAUAUCAAUUAUAAUAACUUUUGCUUACAGCAAAACAGGAUCAAUUGGUGUUUUGAUUGCUCCUAUCAUAUUGUACAUGUUAGCAGGAAUGAUAACUUUAAUGGCAGUUGGGCGUUGGCUGACCAAAGUGCUGUUGGAAGCGAGAGAAAACAACGUAACAUUAACCGUACCUUACUCUAUAAUUUUUAGUGGUCUUGGUGCUGUUUUCUGUGUGGUCACCAUGAUUAUUAUUAGCCGCAUGCUAUGCAAAUACAACGCAGUGGGCCAACCUCAAGAUGAUCAGGAGUCAUCAGAAAUUUCAGAAGAAAGUUACCAACAAGUACAGCCGAAAACGAAAGUCACAGCUUCAAUGGGGCAAACACAGGAUAUUGAUUUGACCACUGUUUUGGCAUACCUAACAAACCUUAAAAAUCGAGAUGAGAUGUACGCGUACGCCAACUAAUUUGUAUGGAUCACAACGUAUACUAUAUAACGUAUAGCAAAUUAGUAAUUAUACUUAUUACUAAGUUAUAUAUUUCCACAAUAUAAUAAUCAAAAUGAUGCAUUUUACCAAUAACAUUGAUACAGUCGAUUGCUUACUAACAUUUAUUCUACUGCAUUUCAUUUUUGUCCUUAUUUUCAAUGUUACAAACAAAGAACAUCAAAUCGAAAGACCCUAGGUCUUUGUUAUAUAUGGUGUAUGAUUAUAUCGCUUUACCUAUAGCUAUACAUGUACAUUAAGAGGGGCCAAAAUCCGUAUGUUAUGUCUACGCACGCUUCCAAUUAAAAUUGAUGAGUUACGAAUGAAUACAAAUAAUUAUUCACUAAAACAAAAUAUUUUAAUAUCUUAUAUAUGGUUUUUGAAAAGUAAUUAAAAAUAAGCCUAAAUAAAAAAAGGAAUUUGACCUUGACCAUUAACCUUGACCUAUUUGUUUGUUAUUGUUUUACAUAGGACCUCAAAUCAAAAGACCGUAGGUCUCAAUCACUAAUGGUUUACCAAUAAUAAAUUCAUAUCACUGAUAUCAAAUGUAUAAGAGGAAAUUUAUUGUCAUAUGAAAUAUCUAUACCGCUUCAGUCAACAUGAACAAAACAUUGUUAGGAUUUAACAAGCAAUUUGGUAAAAUAAAUUAGUCAAAAUCUUUUACCGUUGCAAAUUAGUAGUGCACACAAGCAAAAUAGUGUUCGAGGACAUAACUCUUACAAAAUAAAAUAUUUGGUUAGGUAGUGUCAGUUUCAAAAGCGUUGAAAUAGUUAUCAAAGGUACAUGGAUUAU